AUGGCAGAUCUCGAGGGCGCAAGAUCAAAGCUGGUCCAAAACUUCAGGGACAAUUCCAACGCGGCCGCCUACCGAAGCGACCGCCAUGAUCUGGUUGCUAAGGAGCAUAGUCACGCAUGGGAUGCGCCAGCUAGGAAGCACGCUUCGUCGGCGGAGAUCAAAGCUCAGCGGAUCUUGACGACCAUUAGGGAACGAGAACGAGUUGAUCCAAAUCUCUUUGGAAACUUGCCGGGCGAGGCGCUCCCCGCGGAGGGCUCUCUAGACAUGGGCGGCCGGUUUCUGGUCAACUUACCUCGAAUCAACAAGAGUGAUGUCUUCAAAAUCGUCCGCCAGAUGCCGAAAGGUGCUCAUCAACACUUACACUUCAACUCCGAAAUCGACCCGGAAUACCUCUUUCCUUUGGCAAGAGAACUUGUUCCGGACACGAUGUUCAUUCGAAGCACACAUCCCCUUGUGACGGAAUCGGAUUUUGAACUGGCCGAAAUAGUGUUCCAGGUCCUUCCCAGACAGACAAAGAGUGCAGAUAUAUUUUCGGCACAAUACAGUCCGGACUGGCGCGACGAGUCUAAUACGUCUUGGAUGCUUUGGCAAGAUUUCCGCCGGAGCUUCCUGUCACACAUCGAAGGCGUCAAACUUGAGAAGUACAUCGAAUCGCUAGAUCCUGCAGAGAUGUGGGCGCGUGAGAAGAUGAUCAUCACCAAGCAGAACGCCUACCACAGCAGGCAAACACACAACGGCGCCUGGGCUUGUUUCAAUCAAGGAACACGGGCGUUGAAAGGCCUUCUCGGUUACGAGACGGCCUACCGGUGGUACAUCGGCCACAUGAUCGACAACAUGAUCAAGGACAAAGUCAUGUACGCCGAAGUCCGGCCUAUGUUGAUGGACAAGACGCUUCCGACAGAUGACGGCAACGGCGCCCUUGAUCACAAAGCACAGAUGGCCAUCCUUGUGGAAGAAGUGCAGAGAAAGACAGCCGAGCUCGAGGCGGCGGGCAGGUUGCACCAGUUUCCAUUUGGUGUCAAGGUCAUCUACUGCACCCCACGGAGUAUACCUCUGGAGAAAAUGAAGACCGAGCUCGAAGACUGUCUCGCGCUGAAGCUCCAAUUCCCCAAUCUCAUCUGCGGCUUCGAUCUCGUGGGCGCAGAAGACCGGCCCAACAGCAUCGGCUACUACGCAGACCUCCUCACAGCCCUUACGAAAACGUGCAAGCAACUCGACAUCCAGAUCCCCUUCAUGUUCCACGCAGGCGAAACAUUGCUCGACACCGGCGGCUCCUCCAACCCCGACAACAGCAACCUCUACGAUGCACUGCUGUUGAACGCCAAGCGCAUCGGACACGGCUACGCCUUGCUCAAACACCCGCUGCUGGUGGAGAAGUACAAGGAGCACAACAUCUGUCUCGAGCUGUGUCCCAUCUCCAACGAACUGCUGCACCUCUGCGGCAACGUUCGCGAGCACCCGUAUCCGCAACUUCUCGCGGCGGGGUUGCACUGCACGCUCAACGCGGACAACCCAUCUCUCUUUAGGGGAGCCGAGGGGUCAGGUGCUUCACUUUCGUACGAGUUCUACCAGGUCCUCGUCGGCGAUCCGCGCAUGAGCAUACACGGCUGCAAGCAGCUGGCCGAAUGGAGUCUGGAGCACAGCUGCUUGAGCGGUGAGGAGGUGGCCAAGGCGAAGGCAAUUUAUGCGCAGGAGUGGGAGGCUUUCUGUCAGUGGGUUGUCAAGACAUAUGGAGAGGUGGCAGAUGCGCGAGAUGAGGAUAGCGGGAGCAUGGAAUUAUCAUGA